AUGAGCGACGCCUACGAACGCGAGCAGCAGAACAAUGCGCUCCUUAAUGGCCUUUCAUCUAAAGUUUCUGCUCUUCGGUCUGUGACCAUCGACAUCCAUGACAAUGCACGCGACCAGGACACUAUCGACCGUACCAGUGAGGUCUUCUCCUCCUUUUCAACAAACCUCAAAGGUAGCGCGAGCCGGUUGACCAGGAUGGCCAAGCAAGGCGACACCGUCGCAGUACUCAAAGUUGCGGGUAUCUGCAUCGGAGCUGGCAUUCUUCUUUAUAUGAUUCUCAGCUGGAUUUUUUGA